AUGCUACUGUUUGCUGUCACUGUGUCGGUCUGGCUGACGAUAUUCACAUGUCAGGGUUACGGUGAGUUCAAAUGAAAUCUCCUGGUGUUUAGUAAACUGUCUUGCUAGCACCUGUUGGGAUGGUUUAGUUUGAAAUUAAUUAAUCCAAGGUAAACUAAACUACUCCUAACAAGGUCCUCUGCUUAGGCCUGGCUGCUACUACAGAAGGAAACCUAACAUAAUUAAUUGUAUUUUUAUUGGAUAGCUCUGUCAGGUCUAAACUUUUCUCCCAAGAGAUCCAGUAAGGAUCAUCUCUUAUUGAUCCAAUGUUACUACAUGCAUGAAGAACACUAAUAAAUCUGAAUCAAGAUUGAAUAACUCUAUCAGUUCUCUCAGAAAAAAACUCUUAAUGAGUGGAAAACCUGCGCUGUUUGGGUAGAACAGGGAGCACUGUUCUCACAUGUGACUGAGGUGAAAUUAUAAUCAGACAACUGUAUUUUGCAAGAAUGAAACCUCGGUCACAAAGCUGAAAGACGCAUAUACUAUAGCAAUGUAGCAGCAAAAGAGCACAGAGAUGAAGCAUUUAAAAUAACUAUCAAGGUAUUUUUCUCUUUAGAGAUCAGCCUGUUAACAACAUUACUGGAGGACCCAGGAAAGUAUAAUGUCGAGCUUGACAGCGGAAUCAACCACCGGUCCGAUGCCUUCAAAUUCACUUCGCAUGUGAAGAAACUCUCCUGUCCCUUUGAAAUGUCGUCUCAAAUUAUCACCCACAUGGAUGCACACGAUUCCGUAAUCCUUGUCGUCAAUCUAAAGAUGGAUCCGUACAACUAUGGAAGCGUCUUCUCUGCCAGUGGAAACACCAAGGAAGUUUUGUUAGAUGUCUGGGUCAAAAGUGGCGUGAAUCCAGCGGUAGGGUUGCGCUACUCGCCUAUAAACUCAUCUAAAAUUGAAACACUCAGUUUUGGUCCAGUCUCUGACUUCAGGCUGAAACGGUGGAAUAAAGUCGUACUGCAUAUAUUCAGGUAUACCUAUUUUCUCUAAUAAGCGCCUAGUCUCAAAUAAAAGCCUCCCUCUAGUUUGGCCUAACAGAGAAGUGACCCUAUGGUCCCGGUUACGCAAUCAAUCUUCUUUCUGCCGACCUUAAGGUUACAGGACACCCAUUUUUGCGUUUUGUGGAAAAUCGCUACUGCGCGCUCAAAAUCAGUCCGAUUUUCAUCAAAUUUUCACCAAAUGUUCCCAAGUGCAUGCAAAAUAUGAUAAAGUUGUAAAAUUGACAAACAAUAAAAUAAUGUAAGAAUUAUUCAGGAAAAUCUUAAGUCGCGGUACCUUUACGCUUUUGAGUUGUGUUCCUGCUGGUUUUAAGAUAUAUUUAUGAAAAUAUCAUUUUUAUACAGUAAAAUAGUAGUUGUUCUAAAAGAUUGUGUUCGGAAAUUUUUGUUUUUAUUUCGUCAUUCCGCUGAUAUGGCUCCUCAUUCCGCUGAUAUGGAUAUAUCCGCUGCAAUAUAUUUCUGAAUCGUUUGUGUGAAUUGCUCGUUAUGAUAUUAAAAUAUCUAAAAUUAGAACAAAGCCGAACAAAAUUUUGAAACUACUACUGACGUCUUUAGCUAUGUCCUGUGAAAAUUUGAGAAAAAUUCGUUAAAACCCGCAGGAGCACAACUCGUUUAAAAAUCAGUAAUUGCCGUAAAAUUCUUCGGGAGAAAAUUGAAUUUGAAUAUUACAUUUUCAAUGUUUUUCUUAUUGCAACGAAAUGUAUUUUAUUAAAUAACUCGCGAGUUUUCAACAUUUUCAACAUCGUCCAAACUUGGUCAGAUAGUAGAACUAGUCUAAUGCUUUCAUGAAAACCAAUAAAAAAAAUUUAGGCAAAAUUAACACUCAAAGGUGUUCUGUAACCUUAAUGUGAUUCACCACUCUAUGAGAUCAGUGAUAUGAUUAGGUUGUUUGUGUACCUGCCAACCUUGUUUUGUUCCUUGCUCCAGCUUUAUAAUACAACGUGACGCCAAAAAUAAUAUUUACUAAUUACGUGACGUCAUAUUUCUUCUUGAAAUAUUUGUGUUGUGGCGAUGCCAACUGAUCACGCUUGUGUCCUCCUGUACUGACUCUCUAGCCGAAGGUUUCUUCCUAGUAACACUGGAACAAUAAGAGAAGGACCUCUUGGAAGAACAGUUUGGAAUUGAUAGAGCUAUCCAAUAUAAAUAAAGUUAGUUUAGUUUAGGUUUCUUCCUGUAGUACACACUGAUAGAGCAUCUCAGCAUAGUUUUAUUUUAAGAUAUGAUUUUAUACAGUAUAACUGGAAUUUCUGAUUCAAUUAUUUCACACGCCACGAUUAGAAAACAAUUUGUCAACGCUUAUAUAUUUUAAUUUCUUAUUUCAAUAUGGAAUCUAUUUGACAAAUCUACAUAAUUGUUAUCAUUAAUUAAUACAACGUUCCCACGAUACCGGCCGGUCUGCACUUUACUACUUUAGUGCAAAUGGAAGUUCUAAUUAUUAAAAUCUUUCGUGCGGUAUAAUUAAAAAAAUAGCUUGUCGACGCUUAAGAGUGUCAGGAUUUGAUUCUCAGUAGUUACAUAAUUUAAUAUAUUUCUUGGUGUUGCAUUAUUAUUCUAACUUAUUAAAAGUUAAUUUUUAUACGAUUUUUCCAGAAUCGGUGUGUUUCAGUCCGUUGUCGAUGCUUACGUGAACUGUGAGAAAAUUGGCCGUAAGAUCACGAGAAGUGUUUUGGAUUUAUUUGCUUACAAGAAGAAAUUCAAGCCCAACAAAGUGGAAUUUCGUAUCGCACAGAGAGGUUAUGGCAGGAACGUUCACUCAAGAUAUUUGGUGAGUUUGGAGCAGAACGAACUAAACUAACUUUUUUAAAUUGUACUCCUUAGAGGUCGAGUAUGAGGAUCAUCUCAUUGAUUCAGUGUUACUACAGGAGGAAACCUAAACUAAACUAACUUUAUUUAUACUGGUUAGUUCUAUCAGUUCUAAACUGUUCUCCCUAGUGGUCCAGUAACGAUAAUCUCUUAUUGAUCCAGUGUUUCUACAGGAGAAAACCUAAACAAAACUAACUUUAUUUAUACUGGACAACUCUAUCAGUUCUAAACUAAGUAAGGGUCACCUCAUUACCACUGGUGCAGUGUUACUUUAGUAGGAAACUAGAGUACUCGGGGGAAACCGUUGGUGUUUGGUAGAGUCAAACUGGAAACACUCUUCUCAUAUGUGACUGAGAUGAAAUUAUAAUCAGACAACCGCAUAUUACAGGAAUCAAACUUCGUUCACAGAGAUGAAAGGCAGGAUUUUUAAACUGAAGAAAUAUAUUUUGUUCUCAGGGCUCCAUGCAAGAUUUACGGCUGGUCUUUAAGAGAGACAUAGACACGUUUGUUGAUAAGGAUUUGUGCAAGUUUCCGUUUGAAGAGAAGAACGAGUUUAUACGCACAUACCAUCGGGCAUUAGGUACGCUGAAUUUUCUAAGUGUAGAUUUGAUUUAUUUAUAUUUUAUUUUAAUGAUUUAGCAAUACAUAAUUACAAGGUAUAAUGAGCAAAAGGACUCGUAGUCUCCUACUAGGCUAUAUAUCACAUGUCGUUGAUCCAAAGCAAUUCAUCUUUAUUUCAGCUGAACCAAUUCGUGCUGAUUAUGGCGCUGAACCAGCGAUGACGGAACUCAUGAGCAUGAUCAAGGAUUUACGAUAUGAUUUAACUAUCCAGGUAAAACACUUACACUGACGUAGUUUUUUGAGUGACUUCAAAAAAUUAAAGACAUUACUAAUUUUUGAGCGGUCUGUGUUAGUGUGGGUAAUGGCAAUGACAAGAAAGUUUCAGAUUGAUAGGGAUACAACUACCUGAAAAAUACAAGGAGAACUUCGACGUUUCGAGCGAACGCCCUUCGUCACUUUGCUCAAAUCGUCGUGUUUUUAAUUAACCUCAAUUAAGCGUGUUUGAUAUUUUUACAAUCAUUGCUCAUUCAUGUAUAUAAUACUACCAACACUGAGCCUUUUUACUCGUAUAAAGACGAUUUAAUUUCUAUAAUAAAUAUUCAAUAAAACUAUCAUUCUUUUUUAUGGCAACGACAGACUGCGGAGAUGAAAUACGUCAGAGAACUUGUGGAAGGGUGCGAACUCUGCAGAGGUAAUGAAUGGAUUUUACCAACAGUAGUGCAAUGCACAGUUUAGUAUAUUUCCUUGGGUAAUUUCUUCUGUGCGUGAUUCAUGUGUAAUAGUUUCUUUACAAACUUUUAGUAACGGAUUUCUGCUCCAUGAGGCCAUGCUAUCCAGGCGUACAGUGCUUCAACGCUCCAAAGUCUAAGGAUGGAUUUUACUGUGGUAACUGUCCAUUUGGUAGCCAUGGGGACGGAAUACAUUGCAGUGACAUUGAUGAGGUACGCUCGGCAUACUCUCCAGAACAGGGAUAUCGGUGUCAGAGUAGUUAGUGCAUGUAUCUUUCAUCGCUGUGACUGGGGUUUGAUUCUUGCAAUAUACAGUUGUGUGAUUAUAAUUUCAGCUCAGUCACAUGUGAGAAGAAUGCUUCCAGUUUGACUCUACCAAACAGCACAGAGUUCCUCCUGGUGUUCCCCUAUAAUAACACUGGAGUAAUAAAGAACGAUCUUUUGGGAGAACAGUUUAGAACUGAUAGAGCUAUCCAGUAUAAAACAGCUAGUCAAGUUCAGGUUUCCUCCUGUAGUAACACUGGAUCAAUAAGAGAUGGCUCUUUCUGGACCUCUAGGAAGAACAGUUUAGAACUGAUAGAGCUAUGCAGUAUAAAUAAAGUUAGUUUAGUAUAUGUUUCCUCCUGUAGUAACACUGGAUCAAUAACAGAUGAUCCUUACUGGACCUCUAAGUGGAGAAUAGUUUAGAACUGAUAAAGCUGUCCAGUAUAAAUAAAUAAAGUUAGUUUAGUUUAGAAUUCUUCUUGUAGUAACACUGGAUCAGUAAGAGAUGAUCCUUACUGGACCUAUAGAAAGGACAGUUUAAAAAUGAUACAAAUACCCAGUAUAAAUAAAGUUCAUGGUUUAUAAUAAUUUUCUUUCCAGUGUGAUUAUCACCCAUGUUCAGUGCUCUCAACUUGCAUCAAUAAAAGUCCAGGUUACACGUGUGAGGCUUGCCCAUCUGGCUACAGUGGACUCGUCCCGAGUGGUAUCGGAAUUAAACACGCAGCGAGAACGAAACAGGUCGUGUUUGUGUUUUGUUUCUCACAAUAAUGCGUGUUAGGGAUCCAGAGUAGUUGGAGACGUAGUCAAUAGAAUAAAAAUGUUAGGGAACUCGAUGCAGACAUAAUACACCUCAUUGUCUCAUUGUUUUUGUCUUGCUUUAUGCAAAACAUGAUCGGUUUAUCGUCACGUGUGUAUUGUGUAUUGUUGUACAUGUUGUAUAAUUUUUCAUUUAGGUUUGUGCGGAUGUAAAUGAGUGUGAAAUCGACAACGGUGGGUGUGAUAAACUUGUAGAAUGCAAAAACACGCCGGUGAGUGAUCCCUAGAUUCCCUACAGAUCAUCAGUUUUAGUGCGGGAAACACAAGACAGGACUUUCCAGAUGAACCAGCUGGAAUAGAGACCACUCAGACACCGAGUAGAGACAUACAGAGUUGUAACUAGUGUACCCACUUUUGUGCGCAUGUUCGGCAAGUUACUAGAUGCAUGCAUCUGAUUGGAUGAGGUCCUGAUGACGACUCACUUUAAACUUGCUGAGCACGCGCAGUUGAUCAUUUUUUGCCCGGUCGCCUGAAAAAAGUGGGUACAUGAAAACGUAAGCUUCCGCAGUGUUUACGACGGUCAGUUAUAGCUCUGUAGACGUCGGACGUUUUGUUGGUGCCUAUGACGUUGGCGUAACCGUUGCAAUGCUGUCGUCAUAUUCUCUUGACUAGUGCGCUUACGAGAGACCCCACGCCCCCUUGUUUAAAUCUCACCAUUUUAUUUCAUUCAUUUUACACUAGAAGUUAAAUGGUUUGUUUUUUCUCCAUAUCCAGGGUAGUUUCAAAUGCGAGCCUUGUCCUGCGGGGUACGAUGGCGAUCCGAAGAUCGAAUGUCGUUUCCAACAAUAUUGCAACUCUCAGAAUCCCAAGAGUAACCCUUGCAACAAAUAUGCCAGGUGUGUCCCGUUGAAUGAUGGGAAGGAUUACAGAUGUGAGGUAAGUAUGCUUUGAUCGCAAUAUACAAGACUGGAUAGCGUCAAGAAUGAAACCAGUUAGAAUUUGAUAUAACUUGAUUAAUGGUACGGCCCUUCAACCUCGUUCCCAGGCUCUUUGCUCUUGCUUCCCAAGAGCAAAGAGCCUGGGAACGAGGUUGACGGCCCUUUAGAACAAAACUGGUAAUAGCUGGCAGAAGCUGGCAGCAGUUUAAGUACUAUUUAAAGCACGCGUAGGAGUGUUUUAUGAGGCGCAGCCGAGCGUUUUAUAUCUGAUAAAACACGACUACAAGUGCUUUAAAUGGCGUAAAAAACGACUCAUCUUAUACGAGUUCAUUGGCGAAGUAAUUUUUAAAAUAAACUUUGUCUAAACCGAGAAAAUCAAAGCUAAAGUUUAUGUAAAUCAGGACAAAUCUUGAUUUAUGAAUGAUUUUCUAUCACAUGUAAAGUUACGACACCCUUAUUAUUUUUCUUUGUGUUUUCCUCCUGAAUUAUUAAUGAGGUUUCUAACGUGGUUUAACAUUCGUAUAUUCGUCAAGUGCUAUAUUGGUUUUGCUGGAGAUGGGUUGAUUUGUGGAUAUGACAAGGAUGCUGAUGGAUACCCUGAUGAAAAUCUCGACUGCAAAGAUAAAUAUUGUGUAAAGGUAUAGUAUAUAUCUCUUGAACGAACUUCGCUGGCCAUAUAGUCGUAUAGCUAUAAACUAACUUUAUGUACUCCGUUUUUAACACCAGAACUCCCUUUACAAAUGCCAGAACUCCCUUUUCAAAUGGCAGGACUUGGUUUUUCAAAUGCCCGAAGUACCUUUACAAACGCCAGAACUCCCUUUUCAAAUGCCAGAGCUCCUUUACAAAUGCAGGAACUCCCUUUUCAAAUGCCAGAAUUCCAUUUUCAAAUGCCAGGCUAAUUAUUUACUCAUUGAUAUUUAAAUGAUUUGAGAUUUAUGCUGCAUGGAUGGCUCAAUCAGCUCUAAGCUGCUCUCCCUAUAGCUACAUUAUAGCCAUCCUUGUUCGUCUGGUGUUACAACAGGAGAAAACCAGAGUAUUCGGAGAAAACCUGUGGUGUUUGGUAGAGUCAAACUGGAAGCACUCUUCUCACAUGUGACUGAGGUGAAAUUAUAAUCAGACCACUGCAUAUAUAGCACGAAUCACAGCCCUGAUCAGAGAGGUGUAAGACACACGUAUUAUUAUAAAAAAAUGCUGUGCUGAGUGGUUAUAUUACUACCUUAAAAAAUAAGCAGAAACUUGACGUUUCGAGCGAAGGCCCUUCGCCAAGAGUUAGUAGCCAUUAUUAUAACCUCUGUUUCGCCAACACUCUGUCAAUCGCAAAUAAGAGACACUGCAACCUUACUUCUUCUGUAAGUUUUGAAGCCCCACUGAGAACAAGCCUUUCAAGUAUGUAUUAAUUGUGUUUAUUUUCUGUUACCAUUGAAGGAUAACUGUCCGUCUCAACCCAAUCCAGACCAGAAAGACCGAGAUGGCGACGAUGUUGGAGAUAUGUGCGAUAAUGAUAUUGAUAACGAUAGAAUUUUUAAUAAAGAGGUAACAUGAAAUCCUGGAACAGGUUUUAAAUAACGUUGUCUAUACUGAGUAGCUCUAUCAGUUCUAAACUGAUAAGAAGGGACUCGGGAAAAAACCUAAACUGAACUAACUAUAUUUAUACCAGACAGACUACAUAAACUGUUCUUCCUAGAGGUCCAGUAAGGGUCAUCUCUUAUUGAUCCAGUGUUACUACAGGAGGAAACCUAAACUAAACUAACUUUAUUUAUACUGGAUAGCUCUGUCAGUUCUAAACUGUUCUUCCUAGAGGUCCAGUAAGGAUCAUCUCUUAUUGAUUCAGUGUUACUACAGGAGGAAACCUAAACUAAACUAACUUUAUUUAUACUUGAUAGCUUUAUCAGUUCUAAACUGUUCUUCCUAGAGGUCCAGUAAGGAUCAUCUCUUAUUGAUUCAGUGUUACUACAGGAGGAAACCUAAACUAAACUAACUUUAUUUAUACUUGAUAGCUCUAUCAGUUCUAAACUGUUCUUCCUAGAGGUCCAGUAAGGAUCAUCUUUUAUUGAUCCAGUGUUACUGCAGAAGGAAACCUAAACUAAACUAACAUUAUUUAUACUGGAUAGCUCUAUCAGUUCUAAACUGUUCUCCCUAGAAGUCAAAUAAGGAUCAUCUCUUAUUGAUCCAGUGUUACUACAGGAGGAAAGCUAAACUAAACUAACUUUAUUUAUACUGGAUAGCUCUAUCAGUUCUAAACUGUUCUUCCUAGAGGUCCAGUAAGGAUCAUCUCUUAUUGAUCCAGUGUUACUACAGGAGGAAACCUAAACUAAACUAACUUUAUUUAUACUGGAUAGCUCUAUCAGUUCUACACUGUUCUUCCUAGAGGUCCAGUAAGGAUCAUCUCUUAUUGAUCCAGUGUUACUACAGGAGAAAACCUAAACUAAACUAACUUUAUUUAUACUGGAUAGCUCUAUCAGUACUAAACUGUUCUUCCUAGAGGUCCAGUAAGGAUCAUCUCUUAUUGAUCCAGUGUUACUACAGGAGAAAACCAGAGUACCUGGGGAAAACCUGUGGUGUUUGGUGGAGUCAAACUGAAAGCAUUCUUCUCACAUGUGACUGAGGUGAAAUUAUAAUCAGACAACUGCACAUUACAGGAAUCAAACCACGGUCACAAAGAUGAAAGACACAUGUACUGUGCCACAUGACUGAAAAUUCUGUUCUUUCUUUGUUGAGGAUAUUUAAUAGAUACGGUAUUGGUCGGUUGCAGUAUGUAAAAGAAGACCAUUAUAUCAUCAUCAACUUCAGAGUGUUGAUACUUAUAGCAGCAAGACAAUUAAACCACAUCUCUCAAUUUUAUUUAUUUGCCUCCAAAUAUAAGACUUUUUCUCGUAUUUUCUCUUGUUUUCUUCAGAGGGAUACAGAUGGUGACUUCCUUGGCAACCCAUGUGACACGAACGUGGACAAGACAAGAUGGCGUGGAAGACACUGUUGAUAACUGUCCACUUGUUAGUAAUCCUGAACAAAAAGAUAAUAAUGGACAACUUGCAUGUUAGACUAAAUUUUAAUCUAAGUAAAGAGAAGGGAAUCAAACAACACAGUUAAAAAGAACAUAAUGACAUUAGUAAAAGUGCAAAUUGUUACCAUUUUCGGCUCAAAAAUGGUAACAAUUUCCGCACGUAAUACAAACAUACGAAAAUAUGCAAACUUCGCAAGGCUAUAUUUUCUGUUUUUACAACAUUUCGUAACCAAAUUUUGCAAUUUUACUGCUUUUAAUAAGCUCUUUACGGGAAUUUACUUUUUUUGCCUAAAUAAAAAAUUAGUCUAACAUGCAAGUUGUCUAUUGUACCAUCAAUGCCACAAGCAGGUUCUCAGGAGUAGGUGUCAAUAAUUUUGACUUGUUUUCUUCCACAGGUGAUGUCUGUGAUGAGGAUGAUGAUAAUGAUUCGAUCUUUGAUGCUUUAGACAAUUGUCCAUUGGUCGCCAAUAAAAACCAGAACGAUACCGACGGUAAUACGGAAUUUUUUAGUGGAAUAUAUCCUGAACGAGAAGAUGUUUACUGUUUGAAAAGCCUUACGAAGCACUAACCAAGUUGUUUUUUUACUUCGAGUGAAUGACAUGACGUUUUAAACAAACCAGUAUUUAAGAGAGAUUCAACGUGAAAGAUGACUUAAUUUAUUGCUGUGGUAUUAAGAUAACAAUACGCUGUUAGUUUCCAUUGCAUUUUGCCGUCAUGAAUUAUGAAUGAGUUUGACUAUGUUUGAGAAGACCUAUCUGGUGCCAUCAUUAUGUUUUACAGAACAAUAUAUUUCUAUCUGAUCAUGCCCACAAUCACAAAUCUGCCCCUAAAUGUGUGUUCAUUCGCGAAAAAAAGGCGACAUAUAGUUGUGCAUAUAGCCUGUGCCUGAUAUUAGCAACUAUAUAAGCUUUUUAUUCUUCAGGCUCUGGGAUCGGCGAUGUGUGUAAAGGAGACUGGGACGGAGACGGAGUCCCGGAUAAGUAUGACGCAAGCAAGAGCAACAAUAAGAUAACAUUCACUGACUUCAGGAAACUUCAGAAUAUACAACUUGAUACAAGUAAGGGUGUCGAGGCUGAUCCUGUUUGGAUUGUAAAGAAGAAGGUAAUCCAAUCUUGAUCCAUCAAAAAUCCUAAUCUUCCACUGACAAAUCCUAGUCGAUAAAUCCUAGUCCUCCUCAUUCAUCCUCAAUUUCUAUUAUUCUUAUUUUUCAAAUACUUUUAACAAUUUUAGGGAACCGAGGUGAAGCAGACUGCUAACAGUGAUCCUGGAAUUGCCGUGGGUAUGAAAUUGAUAAUUUCUGUAAUAUGUAAUAUACUGAUCGAGUGUUUCCAAUUGACUCUUCCAAACAUCGCAGGUUAGAUCUCACAGAACUAUCCAGUAUAAAUAAAGUUAGUUUAGUUUAGGUUUCCUCCUGUAGUAACACUGGAUCAAUAAGAGAUGAUCCUUACUAGACCUCUAGGAAGAACAGUUGAACUGAUAGAGCUAUCCAUUAUGAAUGAAGUUAGUUUAAUUUAGGUUUCCUCCUGUAGUAACACUGGAUCAAUAAAAGAUUAUCAUCACAGGACCUCAAGGGAGAACAGUUUAGAACUGAUAGAGCUAUCCAGUAUAAAUAAAGUUAGUUUAGUUUAGGUAAUUUCUUUCUGUAGUAACAUUGGCUCAAUAAGACACAGUUCUUCCUAGAGGCCCAGAAAGGAUCAUUUAAAACUGAUAGAGAUACCAAUUAUAAAUAGUUGAUUUCGUUUAAUUUUAGUUGUAUUAAAACAUGCAUGAAACGAAUUAAUCGAUAAUCACGAACUUACUCUAAAAAUGUUCUCGAUAUCAAGGAAAUGACAGAUUUGGUGGAGUAGAUUUCAAUGGUACGAUGUACGUGGACGCGAAAUACGACGACGAUUUUAUUGGCUUUGUGUUCAGUUACCAAGACAGCUCUUCUUUUUAUGCCGUCACUUGGAAAAAAACUGAGCAAGUCUACUGGAUCGAGAAUCCUUUUAGAGCCGUUGGUAUUUCUGGGCUGCAACUGAAGGUAAAGAGAAAAAUAAUGUUUUAAAAUUUGGGGAUUCAUUGUAGAACUGAAUUUCGAUAUGUUGUUUUAGAAAGUUCAAUCAUUUUCGGGUCCAGGUCACCGCUUGCGCAACGCUCUCUGGCACAGCCGAAGCACGCCGAAUGAGGUAAUGUUUCCUUAUGUUAACUAAACUAAACUAGGAUUGGAAAGUACCCAUACAAUUCCUGUGUCAAACUCGAAUCAUUGCCAUAGAAUUCCUGUGUCAAACUCGAAGCAUUCUUCCGACAUUAUAAUCAGACAACUGAAUUUUACUAAUCAGAUUGUCCUGCAUAUAGCAUCAACGGCAUGGAAUGGCUAACUAUUGUUUCUUUAACCAGAUUGAGUUGUUGUGGUCUGACAUCAGACAGGCUGGUUGGGAGGCACACGUUCGAUAUCACUGGCAGUUAAUGCAUCGGCCUCAACAUGGCUUGAUUAGGUCAGUGUGGCUACAAAAUUAUUUUACCAUUCAUCUGCCCCACAGAGAUUCAGAGCAUCUCGGGUUUAUGUAUUGUAAGCAGAUGGUGGUCAAACUGCAGUUAUCAGAAGUCAUUUUUUUCUUGCUCUAGAGGGCUCGAAAUAGCGGGCUGUCAAUGGCCAAAAGCAGGCCAUAUUUUAGAAAUGGCAAGCGGAAACAAAUUUGAACUGCCAAAGUAAAAAAAAAUGGCAGGUGAAAUUCUAUAGAUAUAUUUCAUUUCAUUUGCUCACCACAACUCGUAUAUACUAGAUCAUUUAGGUGACUAAGUACGUUUAUAUUUGAAAUGUAAAUCCAAGUUUACUGUAGUAAAAUAGACAAGUUUAAAAACAAUAAAAAUGCGUAUCAUGAAAACAUUGAUUUUUACAAUAUGAUUCAUAUGGGUGACAUCGCCAUUUUUGCAGUUCAAUGAAUAAAGACUGCCAUAUUUGUUCUCUACUUCGAGCCCUGUUGCUCUACAAGUUUCAAUAUUAUUAUUAUAUUAUACUAAAGUUGAGUAGUUGACCACCAUCUGCUGUCUUGCAAGGACUCUCUGAAACCAUCAAGAUAGAAAUAAGAGAAGCCAAUGACUUUCAUGUAGGUUAUCGCGUCGGAGAAUUUACGCUAAGCAGAAGAUGGAGGCAUACGUUUUUUAGGUGUUGUUUUCUAUUCAAAUUUAUUCUUUCUUUCUCAGGCUAAAGUUUUACAAAGGUAGACGAGAGUUUGCAGACACAGGAUAUAUUCACGACAACACUUUUGCCGGAGGCAGGAUGGGUCUGUAUGUAUUUUCUCAAGCUCAGGUGGUAUGGACUGACUUGUCUUAUCGAGCUAAUGGUAUGUGAUAUACUCUACUGAAUUUAUGUGUGAGAGCUUGGGUUUCUCUUAUAAUAAUAGUUUAGAACUGAUGGUAAUGGAGCUAUCCAGUAUAAAUAAAGUUAGUUUAGUUUAGGUUUCCUCCUGUAGUAACACUGGAUCAAUAAGAGAUGAUCCUUACUGGACCUCUAGGAAGAACAGUUUAGGACUGAUAGAGCAUCCAGUAUAAAUAAAGUUAGAUUAGUUUAGGUUUCCUCUUGUAGUAACACUGGAUCAAUAAGAGAUGAUACUUACUGGACCUCUAGGAAGAACAGUUUAAAACUGAUAUGAUAGAGCUAUCCAGUAUAAAUAAUGUUAGUUUAGUUUAGGUUUCUUCCGAUCCUGUAUAACACUGGAUCAAUAAGAGAUGACUCUCACUGGACUUCCAGGAAGAACAAUUUAGAACUUAUAGAGCUAUCCAGUAUAAAUAAAGUUAGUUUUUUAUUUUAGGUUUCCUCCUGUAGUACCACUGGAUCAAUAAGGGCUUUUAUUGGCCUUUGGAGAGAAUAAUUUAGAACUGAUAGAGCUAUCCAGUAUAAAUAAAGAUAGGUUUACGUUUAUGUCUAUUUUUUACAGAUGAACUUCCUGAAGACUACGACAACACUAUAAACAUAAGCUGA